GGCCUUUGGAGAAGCCUCGGUCAUUUCCAUGUUUUGGCAUCCUUGUCCCAUCUCCCCACGGGCCGACAAACCGAGACCGACAUGUCCUUCUGAAAACUACCACAUCUCAUCACUCGAGCGAGCCCUGUCGUACCUAUGAAAGCUGGGAGGAGUGAUUAGAGUGAUUGCAUCUCUGUGCUUUGGCCUCGGAUAGUCUGGACGUGCCGCUCCUUCUGUCUCUACUCCUUCCCCUCCCUGUCGUUACUGUUCCUAUUACCACCUGCCUCGCUCCUUCCUGGUCUUGUUUCAAUGCACAUAUCGGCGCACACCAAUCGCUCUCUUCUCUACUUUUCACACAAUCAUAUUUACAAUUCCUCUGUCAGAGAUCUUGGGCAUUGUCUUCUCAGAUCACUAGAACGACCUCCUCCUCCUCAUCUCCUCCACACCAGUCCUACCUGUAAUCGAGCCUCUCGUCUAGUCCAUCUGCAGGGCAGACAGUUCUAUACCACCAACGUAGGUGCACACACAUCAUUCAGAAGCACAUCAAUCAACGGCUACGCCUCCCCCCUUGCCUAUAGACAUCCCUGCCCUCGUCAUUACUCGCAAUCGGUCCUGCCUCUAUCGGGAAGAACCACGACCAACAUCAUGGCCGCCAAACCCAAAGCCAAGUUUGAGAUCCGAGGAUAUGGGUCACAAAAAGACCCAGCUCCAGCCAGUCCGAGCGCGAGUGUGAUUGUGGUGUCGCCAUCCAACGAGAUCCUACUUCUACACCGUGUCCAGACGUCGUCGGCCUUCCCCUCGGCACAUGUCUUCCCCGGAGGCAACCUCGAGGGGUCAGAUGGUCCCCUACCCAGCGACCCGACCGACCCAGCGCGACACAUUGACUCAGCGGCCUAUCGCACAGGGGCCAUCCGCGAGCUUUUUGAAGAAACCGGAAUCCUCCUUGCACGGCAGUCCCCCACCACAGCAUCGCUCCUCUCUGUUUCACGCGAACAACGCCGGUCCGGACGCGAGGCGGUACACUCAGGCAAGAUUCCUUUUGCACAAUGGCUGAAGUCGAUCGGGGGUGAUGCCGCCGUGCUCGACACCGACCGACUUAUCCCCUUUACGCACUGGGUGACACCCCCCAACGUGCCCAAACGUUUCACCACUCAGAUGUACCUGUACUUUGUGGACGUGGCCGAGUCCGGAAACCCGAGCACACGAGCUACGGGCGACAAGAUCGAGACCAUGGCGCCCGAGUGGCGACGAGCCAGUGCCUGGCUAGAACGCGCCAGGAGCGGCGAGAUCAUUUUGUUCCCGCCACAAUUCCUGCUGUUGUACUUGAUCUCGGAGGUGCUCGAUCGAGGGUUUGUGGACGGCGCGGUUGAGAGCGACAGCGUUGUCGUCAGCAAGAGAGACGAAUUGAGAAAAGUCAUCGAGCAAGGCGGCACCGGCGGCGGGAAGAAGGGUGGCCAGUGGCCUGCUUGGAGAGAUAAAUUCAUCAGUCCGAUCGGCUUGCAAUUUGGCAGAGACGAUAAGAGACAGUUGCUGGGUUUGGACAAGCCUGGUCCCGAGUUGAAGGACUCCCAAUUGCGCGGAGAAUGGGAACACGUGGUCCUAGUCAAAUUUGCAAAGGAGGGCCCAAGACAGGUCGAAGUCGGGCUUCGCGAUCAGAUCUUGAGCGAGGCCAGGGCGAAAGAAAAUGAUGAACGGAGUAAAUUAUAGGGCCGGACACCAUCAGGGUCAUCAGGGUCGGUGGGAUGGUUGUGGGACUAGAUCUACACAUCACAUGUAUUGAGCGAAUGACUUUGAUAUGAAGGAUAUAAUUUGCGCCUUUGGCGUCUCGACCUAGAUUCUCAUUCAAGGCACCAAUGCCU